GGUCCAUCCGACGUCUGUUUGGGUUUGGAUUGGUUUAUAGCAUUACUGAAGGGUGAUUCUGAUGUUAGAAAGCCUUCGUUCAGCGUAUAGGCUUUUUUGCCUUCCGGAAUCUCCAUGUUUUUCACCCGACUUUCAGUGUUCGACUCCCUCUUGUACGAACUGGCAGCCCAUGGCAUACUACACAAGACUUCAUGUGGACAAGACCACCUUUACCUGAACUUGCUUGUUGAGCAUUUUCUGUCCGGCAUGUGUUCGUCGCUCAAUGGACCUUCAUGUCGGUUGUACGUUCAGGCAUGUCAUACUGGCCGUGUUCGGGCGCCUGCAUUCUUUCUGUCUGUCUUGCAGUACACCCACCUGUUAACCGUAUUGCCUUCAUCCGCGCUAUCAUAUUUUUGGCGCUUCUUGGCACCGUCCACGCCCGAGAACAAACGGGAACGCGCAAUCGAUGGUUUGGCAGAGCGGUUGACGCUUGUUCGGUACCUUUCGUACAAGGGGCUAGUCACCUACAUGGCGGCCGUUUUUGAUAGUCACUUUGAGACGUUGCCUAGGAAGGAUCUUCUUAGAAUGGUGGAUGCGCAUGGUCUCUUAGCACGUAGUGCCCAUUUGACGCUUGAUGAUCUGAGGGAUACCCUUAGCGACCACGUUUCUGGUGGCGGUUGCGCUGGCUGGCUAUCUCAUUCUAUCGCUAACAUACCGGCGGUCGUAGUUCCGGUUCAUCAGCGAAUUGGACAAAAAUAUAUAUGCCCGUAUAAGCCCGUGGCAAGGGUCAAAAUGCAUGGCAACGUCCGAAAUAAUUGCGCGAGCCUUAUAUGCCCAUAUGAAGCGUGAAGAAUUGAUAAUCCUCCAAGUAUGGUUAUGAGUGUUUCCAAUGUCAGUAAUGCAUGUCAAGCUUCGCAAGGUACCAG